AUGUAAUAGAAUCCUUUAUAGUUAUUUUUAAGUAUUCUGGCUGCUAGGGAGGAAGUUAUAUUUAUGAUAAGAAUAAUUGGACAUUAGAUGCAUGAAGAUUGUCGUAAUAGAUUAGGCACUUUGAAGGAAUUAUCAGAGGAGAUUUAUCGAGGAGAAUAGAAAAGAGAAAACCUUGAGAAUUUUCUGUAUUAACAUUUAGGGGAAGGUUAUCGCAAGCUCUUUCUUCCAAAAAUUAUACAAAAAUACACGAAGAUUACUCAAUACUAUUUAGUUAAGACAUAAAUAUACUUUCCUAAAUAGGGAUAAUAAUUGUGUUAAGAUACUGUCAAUUAGCCCAAUCUUAGGGCUACAAUUCAAUAAAUAAUGCACGAACCUCUAGUGGGAAUUUUGAAAUUUAUAAUCAAAAACCAGCAAUAAAAAUUAAAACAUGAACUUUCACAUUUGCUCAAUUAUGAAUAGUAUAUACCAAUCUUAAAUCAAGAGAAGACCGAUCCAUUGAUCCUAGGGGUUUUUGGAUUAAGAUAUCUUAAUGAUCUUCAUCGGAAGUAUUGCUAUACCGUCAGUAGACACAGUAAAAGAAACGUGUAUGAUGUGUUAGCUAUUGAUGAUAACACAAGAGUCUUAUAUUUGCAAGGAGGAGGAUUCAUUAGUUUAGUGAGUAGUAUUACAAAGUUAAAGGAUAAAUCAGUUGAUAACACUUAAUCAGUGUACGUUCCAGUUGAAAGUACUGUAGAAAUUAUAACUCAAAGAUACGAAAAAUUGAUUAAGGAACUUAUGGAUUAAAAUUCCCAUGUAUAAAAGUCAGUAAAUAGAUAUUAUGAAUAAUACAAACGAUAUAAAUUGAAACCUUUGCCAAUAAAGAGUUACUCUACACCAAAAUCUAAGGUGCAGGAAAUCAAAUCUUAACGCUCUAAUUAAUAGAAGACAUUUGAGUCUGGUCCUAUGCUUAGUGAUAUGGGUAGAUAUUCAGAACCAAUUAGUAGAAAUCCCCUAUUAUAAGAUUUUAACAACUCAGUUAAAUUAAAAUAUGAAAAAUGCAGAACUUAAAAAUAGAGUGAUAUCAUUAUGAGUGGUUUUGUUUCUCCUAAACAGACUCUUGUUAGAAAACAUAGAAGUGUCAAAAACUAUGAUAUUGCCUUCUUAAAACCAACUGCUCAGCAACCCUUUGCUGAUUUUCCUCUCAGAAUCAUUUCAAAUAAGAAUAGGAAAUAAAAUUGA